AUGUCUACGCCAGUCAAAAGUCAGCUUCAUCUCGUGCUGUACCGAGGAUUCCCAAUUUCCAAUUCCUAUGUCUGGUCACCUUUCGUCACGAAGCUUGAAGCGCGCCUUCGAUUCGCUAAGCUUCGGUUUCGCAUCGACCAAGGUUCAAUGAGCAAGUCACCCCGUGGUAAAAUACCAUACAUUGAGAUCGCCCAACCCAAUCAAGAUCAGCCGAUCACUUUGAGUGACACCAGUCUCAUCAUCCAACGACUCAUCGAUGAAGAUGUUUGUCCAGACCUCAACGAGCCACUUUCACCAAUCGCCAGAGCCCAAGACGCUGCCAUCCGCGCCCUUCUCGAGGACAAGCUAGCCUUCUACCAGAGCGCAGAGAGAUGGCAAGACAACUACGAAACCAUGCGAUCAGGUGUAAUGAAUGCGAUCCCGUGGCCAAUACAGAAUCUCAUUGGUCUCCUUGCCUACCGUGGUGUCACUCGGACCCUCUACGGCCAAGGCACUGGCCGUUUCUCUAGUGAAGAGCUUGCAGAAUUCCGGCGGGAUGUUUGGGGACAUGUUAAUGCGCUCUUGAGUGAGACUCGGCUCACAGCUCCUGAUCUUCAGACACCUUUCUGGGUGUUGGGCGGCAAAAGUCCUUCUGAGGCGGAUGCAACCGUCUUCGGCUUCAUUGCAUCAGGUUUGGGAUGUGCAGCGGCACCAGAUAGCAAAGGGAUCAUAAAGAGUUACCCUGUCUUGGUCGAUUAUGCGGAGCGAAUCCAUUACGUUUACUUCGAGGACUACGCUUUGUGGGAAGAAGAUGCGUGA